AACUAUGUCUCCCAGAGUCAUAACCAGCCAGGUCAGAAUUAGACCAGUUGUGGCUUCAGGUUCUCUAGAGCUCUGGAAUCACUUUAUUACCCAGAAACAGUUGCAUUUUAGAGAGGUGUUGCACAUUUUUUCCAGUCAAAUGAAAGCUAAGAGGGGACAAGACAAGUGUGGGCUCCAGAUUAGUAACAGAAUAAGCUUUGCAUUUUGGCUGUGGGCCACAUUAAGAGUAACAAAGCAGAUGUUUGAAUUUGUGUGUUAGACAUAGCCAAACCCAGAACAAAAGAUCAGAACUUGGAGAAUAUCUGGCAUAUAUUUGAUCCUUUGCAGUCUUUUGCAGGCACUUGUGUAAUAACUCAGCUGUGUGUUUUCUGUACCCAAAGAGUCAUAUUCAGGAACUAGAACAGCUGCGUUCUAUUGCUCUACACAUCACUGUGGUAGUAGACCAUUUGAGAUUUGAGAAGAAGCUAUGCAGAGCCCUGCAACCUGAACUCCUGCCUUCAGUCCCCCUGCUCAGCUCCCCUUGGUGACUUUGAAGCAAUCACCAGAUAUGCUAAUGAAGCGACGAACCCCCGAUAGAGGUGGUGGGGAAACAUCUGCCAAGGUCCUCUGCCCAGGGAUUUCCAGCAGUAACACCAAAAGAGCGGGGCCUUUCAUUCUUGGCCCUCGUUUGGGCAACUCCCCAGUGCCUAGCAUUGUUCAGUGCCUGGCAAGAAAGGAUGGGACAGAUGACUUCUAUCAGUUGAAGAUCCUCACCUUGGAGGACAAGAAUGACCGUGGCACAGAAACCCAAGAGGAGCGUCAGGGCAAAAUGCUGCUGCAUACAGAGUUCUCCCUCCUCUCCCUCCUGCACAAUCAGGAUGGAGUGGUCCAUCAUCAUGGCCUUUUCCAGGACCGAACCUGCGAGCUGGUGGAAGAUCUGGAGUCCAGUCGGAUGGUCCGAAAAAUGAAGAAACGCAUUUGCUUAGUGUUGGACUGCCUCUGUGCCCAUGACUUCAGUGACAAGACAGCUGACCUCAUCAAUCUCCAGCACUACGUCAUCAAAGAGAAGCGGCUCAGUGAGCGAGAGACUGUUGUGAUCUUCUAUGACGUUGUGCGGGUGGUGGAAGCCUUGCACAAGAAGAACAUUGUACACAGAGACUUGAAACUGGGGAACAUGGUGCUAAACAAAAGGACCCACCGAAUUACAAUCACCAACUUCUGUCUUGGGAAGCAUCUGGUGAGUGAAGAUGACUUGCUGAAGGACCAGCGGGGCAGCCCUGCCUACAUUAGCCCUGACGUCCUCAGUGGUCGGCCAUAUCGUGGCAAGCCCAGUGACAUGUGGGCACUGGGAGUGGUCCUCUUCACCAUGCUCUAUGGACAGUUCCCCUUCUAUGACAGCAUCCCACAAGAGCUCUUCCGCAAGAUCAAGGCUGCUGAGUACACCAUCCCAGACAGGGAUGGGCGGGUGUCCGAAAACACUGUGUGCUUGAUCCGAAAGCUCCUGGUCUUGGACCCUCAGCAGCGCCUGACAGCUUCUGAAGUGCUCGAGUCCCUCAGCUCCAUAAUUGCCUCCUGGCAGUCCAUGUCCUCGCUCAGCGGGCCCUUGCAGGUAGUGCCCGAUGUCGAUGAUCAGGUGGUCAACCCAGAACAUGCGCAUGAGGCGAAGGUGACCGAGGAGUGUUCACAGUACGAAUUUGAGAAUUACAUGAGGCAGCAGCUCUUGCUGGCCGAGGAGAAGAACACGCUCCAUGGGGCAAAAAGUUUCCUGCAGAAGCGGCAGUUUGGCAGUGUCCCUCCCGUGAGACGCCUUGGCCAUGACGCCCAGCCCGUGAGCGCCCUGGACGCGGCCCUCCUAGCACAGCGCUACCUUCGGAAGUAGCCCCCAAAAGGAGCGGGAGCCACGCUCCGCCUGCCCAGUCUGGUGCGAGUGUGAGGGCCAGGCCUGGGCCCCCUGCACGCUGACGGGUCUUGCCUGCUGGGGUCUGCCCCAAGAGGACAAGGGGAAGGCAGCUGGCUGGGACAACCGCCAGUGGAUUCUAACCAACUCCAGCCAUGGGCAGGGGUCUGCUUUCACCCAUGACUCUGAAAUCUACCUCUCCACCUUUCCUAACCACACUGUUCUCCAGAGUGAAACGUCGAGCGGUUUUGGCAACAGUUGCCCCAGCAGGCCUCUUUCCUGACACGAACUGUGGAAACCACGUGGAUUGCAUUUCGCUCCAUGCGGUUUGAAUAAGCUUAAUUGUUUUUUUUCUCCGUUGUCCUUCCCCUUGGGUUUCAAAAAGGUAACUGCUGCUUAAACCCAUUUCUGUUCAAUACGAUGUGUUCUGUUUUCAGUUUAACCCCAGGCUGAAUUUACUUUGUGCAGGCAUUAAUUUUGGACCCCAGUGUGACUGCAGCCUUGGGAAGUGUCUCAUCUUUACUCUGAGCUUGUUGAACUGAGAAAAUUUGCUUGCUAGGGGAAGUUUCAGCCCAGAGCUGUUUAAAAUGUAGCUUUUCUGGAGGCUGAAGCCUCCAAGUCACUUACUUAUUUUGGAUUUCCUGAGUGUUCUGUUUUGGUUUUGAUUUUUAAAAAUGGUAGCUUUUGAAAAGUGCAGUAAUGUUGCAUUAAUUUUGUUGAUUUUUAUCUCUUGCCCCAUGAACCAUGGAGGCAUGUUGAAGGGAUAAAUCUUUGAUAAUGUGAAAGAGGGGGAGUUGUCCCUUCCCCCUUCCUUCUACCCCACCUCACCUGUCCCCCCACUAUAGAUCUCACCUCAGUUCAGGAAAGUCCCCUCCUUAUGUGCUCUUGGCACAGUCAUGCCAUUGUUCUCUGGUCACAGCACUUGCCAGUACGCACAGCCUUGGUGGGAGGGUGGUGCCUUGCUCCAUGCUAGGACAGGGCUGAGUGAUAUCUGAGCCAUGUUCUUUGGACUGGAUGCCUCUCUUGCCAGAUAAGUCAUUCAGAGCAUCCUAUGGAGAUAAUUCUGUUCCAGAGUCUCCUAUUUCCUUUUCUCCUCCAUUGCCAAUUCGUUUUCCAGCAAUGUUGGCUCUCCAUGCAUCUUCCAAAGAACUGGAUGCUGGCAGCCUGGAGCAAGCCAGUGAGAUGGAGCUUGGCAUGACAUCUUCCUUGCCAGGGUGCGGGGGCAGAGAAACCCUUUGACAUGUUCACGAAGAAAACAAUUUCCCAAGAAUGAGUGUGUUCAUAUGAUUGAAGAAGUACAGGCAGAUUUCUGGCUCUGUUGCACAGGGGAGGUUUUGUUGGCCAAGUUACAGGAGAAAAAAUACAGAUUGAACAUUGUCUGGAAAUCCAGUUAAAUAUAAGCGAGGCAUAUCCUGUCAUUCGGAACUGCUAUGCAGGAUAUGGGGUGCAACUUAUCCUGAUCAGUCUCUGGAAAAUGGCACAGGGGCAUGCCUCAAGAGCUAGGCAGACCCCCCCCCCCCGAAGCUGCAGAAUCGGGGUCAUCAAGCAGUGUCCUUUCCAAGCAGCUUUGCCCAGGGAUGGUGGCAGAGGUCAGUAGCAGCAGCAUCCUUUGUUGGCUGAAGUGAAAGGUUGUGUUCCACAGCCCUUCUAGGAAGCAGCCCUCUCUUCUCCUGGUGAGCCGUGCGCAAGGGACUCCUGAACAUGUUUUUUCAAGGGGAGAGAGUUGCACUUCAACUCUCUGCAGGAAUGUGCCCUCAACAAGGAGCACUUAGAGGUAUCACCAAAUCCCAGUCUGCUUUAAGUUCCAUCUCUGGUUGACAUGUUCCCUUAGGAAUGUUGGAAGUAAGACCUGCCAAGCAGGAAGCAGAAGUUGCCAGGAGAAGGAGCGGCUUUCUGCCCCUCUAGAAGGGGAGGUCUGGGGUCUCCCCAAGAGAGGAGCAGGAGACUGUGCUGGGGGGUGGUCCUCUUCCAAAUCCUUCGAAUACUAACAUCCCUCCACAGUUCUGCCCCUUCCUUUAAUUUUUUUCCCCUUCCCCAAGAUAGUUAACUAUGUGUCCGUGUGGUCUGGUCCUUCUCCCACCCUUGAUAAAAUUAGCAAUACUCCACUGAUAUAAAGUUGGGUGUUCUACCAUCUGUUGCAAUAAAACACUGCCUGGAAAGAGAUGGAAAGGGAACCUGGAAAGUGGUGGUGUGAGCUGCUGAGUUGGUUUGGGGGGAUUUCAGGUUGGGUGAGACACCAGAGACAAAAAUCCUAUUGUAAAAAAUUGCAAAGAGAAUUUGUAUAGAGACCUAUUUUUGUAUUACACCGAACUAGCCCCGCAUGCCAGCAAUAAAAUUUCAUAAUGUUGAAUUAAA